AUGUCCAAGACUUUCUCCAAAAGCGAUGUUGCGUCGCACAACAAGGGCGAUUCGCUAUGGAUUAUCGUUGAUGACGAUGUCUACGAUUUGACCAAGUUUCAAGACGACCACCCUGGCGGAAAGAAGAUCUUAACACGAGUCGCUGGAAAAGAUGCGUCCAAGCAAUUCUGGAAAUAUCACAACGAAGGUAUCCUAAAGAAGUAUAAGCCGUCACUACAAGUCGGUUCAUUAGAUACGAAGCCCAAAGCCGAGCCAAAACCAGAGCCAUCUUCGACCCUCGCUGCACCCAAACCGACAAAGGAGACCCAGAAGGCGCUCGUCCCAUCUCCUGUGCAAGAAGAAGCCGAGGCUUUGGAGCCGUAUGGUGACCUAAUUCCAUUCGCAGAUCCCAACUGGUACCAAGGGUUCCACUCCCCCUACUUCAACGAAUCCCACGCUGCGCUCCGUGCUGAAAUACGCCAAUGGAUUGAGAAUGACAUCGAGCCGAAUGUCACAGAAUGGGACGAGAAGAAGGAGGUGCCGCGUGAGAUCUUCCUCGAGGCCGGUCGUCGCGGGUAUCUCGCAGGCCUGUUAGGUGUCCACUACCCGACGGAAUAUACCAAAAGCAGAGUCAAGUCCGUGGCACCCGAGCAGUGGGACCUGUUCCACGAAAUGAUCGUCACCGACGAGAUGUCGCGCACCGGAUCCGGCGGAUUCGUCUGGAACAUGAUUGGCGGCUUCGGUAUCGGCUGCCCACCGCUAAUCAAGUUUGGCAAGAAGGCCUUAAAGGACAGAAUCCUCCCCGGAAUCUUGUCGGGUGAGAAGAGAAUCUGCUUGGCCAUCACCGAGCCCGAUGCGGGCAGCGACGUCGCCAACCUGAGCUGCGAGGCCAAGCUUAGCGAGGACGGCAAGCACUACAUCGUCAACGGAGAGAAGAAGUGGAUCACGAAUGGUAUCUGGUGCGAUUACUUCACCACUGCUGUACGGACAGGCGGCGAAGGCAUGAAUGGUGUCUCGCUACUCCUCAUUGAGCGCGAUGCUGGUGGCGUCAGCACAAGACGCAUGGACUGCCAGGGUGUAUGGUCGUCUGGUACCACAUACAUCACCUUCGAAGACGUGAAGGUUCCUGUUGAGAAUCUGUUGGGCAAAGAAAACCAAGGCUUCAAAGUCAUCAUGACCAACUUCAACCACGAACGCAUGGGCAUCAUCAUCCAAUGCCUGCGCUUCUCGCGCGUGUGCUACGAGGAGUCCGUCAAAUACGCUAACAAGCGGCGCACCUUCGGCAAGAAGCUGAUGGAGCACCCGGUGAUUCGGAUGAAGCUGGCGCACAUGGCGCGCCAGAUUGAGGCCUCGUACAACUGGCUCGAGAACCUCAUCUACCAGUGCCAGAAGAUGGGCGAGACCGAGGCCAUGCUCCGCCUCGGCGGCCCCAUCGCCGGCCUCAAGGCCCAGAGCACCCUCACCUUCGAGUUCUGCGCCCGCGAGGCCAGCCAGAUCUUUGGCGGCCUGAGCUACUCUCGCGGCGGGCAGGGCGCGAAGGUCGAGCGCCUGUACCGUGAUGUACGCGCGUAUGCUAUCCCCGGUGGCAGCGAGGAGAUCAUGUUGGACCUGAGCAUGAGGCAGAGCUUGAGGGUUGCGAAGAUGUCGGGGAUGAAGUUGUAA